AGACAGGUAGAGAGAGACCGUGAGUGAGUGCAUUAGCUGUAGUGGCUUUGAUCAGCGUGUGUGUGUGUGUGUGUGUGAGUGAGUGUGUGUGUGUGUGUGUGAGUGUGUGUGUGUGUGUGUGUGUGUCAUGGCCUCUCCAGCCAGCUGUGAGGGGACUGCCUUGUGGGGGAGGGGCUGGGUGUGUAUGAGUGUGUGUGUGUGUGUGUGUGUGUGUGUGUGUGACGGUGUGACGGUUCGAGUGCGUGCACAUCUUCUGAGCAGUUUUUGCGCGAGCGCAGGAGGAGUGAGGAGAGAGAGAGCGCGCGAGCGAGACUGCUGAGUGUGUGCAGGGCGAGCGCGAGCUUUUGUCGGGAGUCGCGCGCGCGCGCGCGUGUGUGUGUGUGUGUGUGUGUGUGUCGCGCGCAGUAGAACUUGUAGAGACAGGAGCAGGAAAUGGCAGAGCGCGCGGAGGCUGCAGUGUGAGCACCAUGUCUCAGGCGAUUUGCUGCACGCUGGUGAACUGUACCUGCGACAGUUUCAGACCCGGAAAGCUGAAACGUCGUCAGUGUGAGAACUGCAGGCAUGGAUGGGUCGCUCACGCUCUAAGCAAGCUGAAGAUGCAGCACACGUAUGACGGAGGCCAGGUGGAGAUCGUUCACUCCAACGUGGUGUUUGAUAUCUGCAGUUUGAUGCUGUACGGUACGCAGGCCAUCCCGGUGCGGCUGAAGAUCCUGCUCGAUCGUCUCUUCAGCGUCCUGAAGCAGGACGAAGUCAUCAAAAUCCUCAACGCGCUCGACUGGACGCUGCAGGACUACAUACGAGGAUAUGUCCUGCAGGAUGUGGCUGGCAAAGUGCUGGACCGCUGGGCCAUCAUGACCUUCGAGGAGGAAAUUGCGACACUGCAGCAGUUCCUCCGGUUCGGAGAGACUAAAUCUAUCGUGGAGCUGAUGGCACUGCAGGACAAAGAAGGGCAAGCGAUCAUCGUGCCGACAGUUAGAGCGAACUCGGACAUCCGUAGCUUCAUAGAGAGCAGCACGCAGCGUCCAUCUGUGGCAGCCACUACGGAGCCUCUGAGCAGAAACAAUGGCCACCACUUUGAGAGUUUGGUCAACAACAUGACCUUCAUGCUGCCCCUGCAGUUGCUUAACUCUGUUCCUGCACCGCUGCUCAGGUCCAGAGCAGAUUCCCGACAGCAGGAGGUUCCAACACGACCCGAAAUUCUGGAUUCAAACCUUGACACCUCCUCUCACCUCACCUCUGAUGCAGAUAGAGAAGAUGUACCCAUGGAGAGAGUAAGCACCAAUUUAGAAUCAGAUGAUUUCACGCUGAGCGAUAACUAUUCCUCACCCUCGACGCCUUGCACACCAUCGAUCAGCUCGGAUAUCGCUCAAGCGUCGCCGGAGUCGAAAAUCCGUCUAGGAGUUGGGAUGAAAAAAGGCCGUGUUUUCUGCAGUGCCUGCGAGAAAACCUUUUAUGACAAAGGAACGCUGAAGAUCCAUUACAAUGCUGUUCACCUCAAGAUCAAGCACAAGUGCACUAUCGAGGGAUGCAACAUGGUCUUCAGCUCGUUGAGAAGCCGCAACCGGCACAGCGCCAACCCGAACCCGCGCCUGCACAUGCCCAUGAAUCGAAACAGUCGGGACAGGGAUGUCAGGGAUGGACUGAGUGCCGGGGAAGAGGCAGAAAAGCGGGACCUCAGCAGGCCUGUCUCCAGCUACAUCAGCAAUUCUGAGCCCAAACUGCACAGCUCCUUUUCAAGCAUCAGCCACAGCGGGAUUGUCUUCCCCAACCUGAAGACUGUGCAGCCAGUGCUGCCUUUCUACCGCAGCCUGGUGACGCCUGCUGAGCUUGCCAACACACCUGGAAAUCUGCCCUCCCUGCCCCUACUGUCUUCUUCUUCCGUGCCUGUAAGCAUAGGAGACAUGGAGAGCAACCCAGAGCCCGUGCCCAAGAAGAAAUCCCGUAAAUCCAGCAUGCCCAUAAAGAUAGAGAAAGACGAGCUGGAAGAGCGAAGCAGCUCCAAUGAUGAUGACGACGAUCCUCCUGCCAGUAUGAACUCUGGGAUGGACUGUGUGGUCAAGACAGAAUGUGAUGAGCAUGGUGUUGUUCAUCCCUCAAUCCAUCCCUCCAUCCUCACCCAUUCUUCCCAUACAGAACAACCAGAAACAGAGGGCAAACACCAAACCCAGGGGUGCAGUCUGACACACUCCCUUUCAUCCUUCAGCCACAUGCAAAGAAACUUACUUGAGUUUGGGGACCAAACCUGCAGUGAAGGCUUGGAUCUAAGACCCACUGACCAAGUGGCACUAAGCAGCACGCCCUGCGAGUCAGAGGUCCACACAGACGGCGAUGGUGUCCAACAGAUAGUGUGUGCAGAUGAUGAAGACGAGCUUCUCCAUCAGUGUGAGAGUUGCAAUAAGACCUUUAAAAACUCCUACAGCGCCAAAAUGCAUUACCGCAGCGUCCACUUGAAGGAGAUGCACAUGUGCACCGUAGCAGGCUGCAAUGCUGCGUUCCCAUCCCGCAGGAGCAGAGACAGACACAGUGCAAAUUUAAAUUUACACCACAAGCUGUUGACCAAAGAUCACUACAUCUUCACUCCGUCCUGCAGAGACGUCACUACGGAUUCUCACCCUGAAUUCCCUCCUAAAGAUCCUCUGAGCCAGACGUCUGUUAUCUUCAAGGGAACAAACCGUACGGGCCUCGUGUUUCCGAUGAGCAAAUCCUCCGAGAGCGUAGAGGAUCUGGUGGAGGACGAGGCGGUGUUGGACCUAAGCACCAGAGGAAGUGGUCACUCUUCUUCCUGGGACUCAGAUGCGUGCAGCGAGGAGGAGCUCCCCCUGGAGGACAGCGAUGAGAAUGAGAGUUGUGAUGGGUUGAAUCCCAGUGCGGUCAGUCUCGGGCAGCAGGUCAACAACGCCUCCACACCCAUCACCUGCCACGUCUGCCAGAAGGUUUACAGCAACAAGGGCACAUUCAGGGCUCACUACAAAACUGUGCACCUUCGGCUCCUGCACAAGUGCAAGGUACCAGGGUGUGACACCACAUUCUCCUCCGUCAGGAGCCGCAACCGACACAGCCAGAACCCGAAUUUACACCGGAACCUUCCGCCAAACAACACCACCGUCACUCAGGAGUAGUGAUGUAUACGGCUGGUGAAAUGUACCCUAAUAAUCAGCACUUGUGUGUAAGUGGAAAAGCACAGGCCUUCAUAGAUUCUACCUAAAAUUCACACUGAUGAACUGUCCCGAGUGGCUCAGAAGAGGGUUUUUCAUCUUGCGCAAAAUUUCAAGUAGCUAAGUUUUCAUUAAAUCCAAUGAAAAAUAUAUAAUGUGAAUAUGCUCUGUAAAACAGAACAAAACAUCAAGAUAUUAUUAACCCUGGGCAGGUUGCUCUUUACAGAGAUAUUCUCUAUGGUUAGAGCCUUUAGACAAAACACUUCAGUCAAUAGAACGGUACAGGAAAUGGCUUAAUUGGUGUUAAUUGGCCACAGGUACCACAUUCCCAAACCCCAAAACAUUAGAAGAUGACGAAAAUUCGAUGAUGUGGACUGUCAGAAAAGCCACAUCUGAGAGGCUCUACAUGGUUGCAUGAUUUUAUUUAAUGGGCUUUUAUGUUAUUUAUUCCACUACAAUUUAAUUCCAUACAAAAAUAUGUUGUUGAUGAUGUUGGGGUUUUUUUUGUUUAUUUUUUUUUUAAAAGUCAUCACAACAAUACUUCCUGUAACUUGGUGGAUCAGUCUCAUAUCUAGAAAUCACAAUUUAGCCCGAAGCAGAAGCACAUCAUGUUAAAAAUGUAUUUUUUACUACAUUUGUAAACACUACCGAAUACUUAAACAGCUCGAUAACAGUGCUGUUACUGUUAAUUUACUACAGAGCAACAUUCCCACAGUGAGACGGCUGAUUCGGUCUUUUUUUUCUUUUUUCUUUUUCUUUUGCUGAAUAAUCAAAAGAGAUAAAAUAACAAACCUGUCAGAACUAUUCAGUACUUCACUAGCACAGACUAUUGUUAUUAUUAUUAUUAUUAUUAUUAUUCCUUUCAUUACAAUCGCAGCGGCAUGACAAUCACUAUGUAUAUGGAAAAUUUAACCACAACAAAGUAUUAGUACAUUUUAUAGGGCGAGCAACAGACCUAGCAGUAAGGCUAGCUGCACAGAUAGCAGUAAGGCUAGCAAUAAUGAAAUUACAGGGAAAAAAGUCAAUAUGACCAGGAACAGAAACUAACAAGGUAAAAUUUAAGGGGACUGAGCUUGGUUUUCAGGUUAGCAGUAUGGCUAACAGUAAUGCUAGUGGUAUAGUUAGCAGUAUGGCUAGUAAUAGUGUCAGUAAACCAACAGCAAACCUUGCCAUACAGCAAACAGCAAUACGAUUAGCAUGAAACCUUCUUGUGAUGAAACCUACUUGCUAGUGAGAUUUUAUUACUGUGUUUAAAACAAACAAAUGGUGAUUUGGUGAAUAGCUGAUUAUAACACAAUUAUACAAAAUUAGCACUAAUUUUAAUCUGUCACGAAAACAUUUUGAUCAUGUGAUGUAAUUCUGUUUUAAAGCGUGCCAAAUCGGCUUUGUUUUAAAAUUUUAUUUCCUGAAAUAAGCCCCGAAUUUUUUAGUGAUCAUGCGGAAGGGAGCAUCAACAUCUCAACAUGCUGCACUCGAUUAAAAGAAAUCUGGGUAAUAAAUAUGCAGAACAUCACUGGAUAGAUAUCACAGACUCAUGUUUUAAUUCUAACGUUAAAACAUGAUUUAAAAAUGUGAAUACGAUAAUAAAGCGUCAUGCCACCUGACUGAGACCUGCUGCAUCAGCAAACACACCAAUCUCAGCAUUACAGUACUCUGGGUUAGACUUCAGAACAGUGACAGAGUGGGCGUGGCCAGAGCGGUCAUCAAAAUAUUUACAGCUACUGCGGACCAAAUGGUUUUACUUCCUGUUAUAUGAGACAAGAAUUUUUUCUUCUCUCUAGCAUGUGCUGUGUUUGUGUGUUAUCAUUUUCUCUUUAGCCGAGUUAUAAAACACCCCUUUGUUGUUGUUGUUUUUGUUUGUUUGUUUUUUACGGUAGCCCUGCUGCUACAGCAGCCUCAUUUGCAUAAUACUUGUUUGUGAUUUUUACAUUUCUAAACCGAGAAACUUCUGAAAGCGUGUAACGUUCAUGAUAUUAUGAGGUAAAAGUAGGAGGUUCUUUACAAACCGUCCAUCAAACAAGAGGGCGGAGCUAAAACCAGGAAGUAGAGCAUUGUUCGGUCAUUUUUAAGGUCAAUGCUUUGUGCAAGUGCACCAUAACGGACGGCUUCUGCGUCUGUGGUCAUCUAAUAACAAAUCACAUAAAGUAUUCUGUUAACAUUAAGGAUCUUUAAGUUUAUUUCACAAAUCCCCCCCAAACGGAGUUUAACAAGAGAGAAUUAAAUGAUAGGAACAGGUUGUUUUCUGAUUUUUAUUUCUUCUCUUGAGUGCAUCUUAUAGUCUGGAAAGUACGGUACAGUCCACAUUAAAUUUACAGCAUCACGUAGGAGGUGCUGCAGAUUUAUCCAGAGUUUCAUAUCAUUCUUAAACUGAAAGAAUAUUUAAAAAAUUAAAAAACACAUCAUUCCCUACAGUAUUUCAUUUGUACAUGUCCUGAAGACAUUAUAAACACUGUACAUAAUCAUACAUGUGACUCAGAUGCUUGAUUUCAAUUAAACUGUACCUUGUGUGUGUGUGUGUGUGUGUUGAAGGUGCAGGAUUCACCUGGUGUUCAGUAAUAUAACACGUUGACGUUUCCUCAUGACUGUUGUUUUAUCGUUUCGGGAUAUUUUGUGGCAUUCCAUGAAUUCUGUUGUGUAAAUUAUUGUACAGUGUUGUGUUGUUGAUUUUUUCUUAUAUGUUCUUGUGAACACUAAAGCUGACCAAAGAUUCUUCAUCAUAAACGAGCAGUAUUAAUAAUAAUAAUAAUAAUAAUAACAAUAACUCUAGUAAUAACUGAACUUCUUUGCAGUCUGUGUUUGUAUUUUGUGAGAUUUGCUACGAUUGGGAAAACAGAACUGUUUAUUGUUGUAGCGUAGCUGGGCGUAUGCUACGUGCACGGUGUUUAGCCUGGUUUUUAUCCCUCUUCACAGACCGCCACCUUCUCCAACCACAAACCUGAUGUCUCUCGUCUCUACCAUGAAGCUUUUACUAAUCUGAGCAGCCGAUUCAGCAAAACCUAGCUUAGCUGUUUAAUUCCAACCACAGUAGUUUAACUCACAUUAGCUAGCUUGUUCACAACUCAAUGUCAAUCAUUAACAAACUUUAUACUGCUAAAUGAUUAUUAUGGAAUUAAAACUAUUUAUUUCUAGUAUUAGUAUUUAGUAUAAACACCAUAUUAAGCUAAAAACAAAAAAAAAGGUCAAACAAAACACUACUGAUGAUAAUACUAUAUAUAUAUAUAUAUAUUUAAACAAAAAAACAAAAAAAAGGAAAAAAGAAAGCAGCAUAAGCUAAGCUAGCAGUCUCCCAAAACACAGCAGUGCACUAAUGUUAGCUAGCUAACGUGUCAGAUUAACUCACCAGUAGCAGUUGGUGUACACUGUUUAGAAUAACUUAUUUGUUAAAAUUACACAUUAUAAUAGUUUAGCAAUAUUAGCUAAGCUAGUUCGGAUUUGUUUAUACUGUAUUAACAGCAGUAUCGAGCUUGCUGACGUUAGCUGGACUAUUUUGCUGUCAUCAGCACCGACCUAGCUAGCGUUAUGUGUUUAUUAUGUACAGCGUACGCCCAGUUACACGUAUGAAAUGAAAUGAAAUGUAAAAACUCCUACACACGCACACACACACACACACACACAUACACACACACACGUUUUUACAGUAUUGUUGUCGUCAUGUCACAUUUAUGCCACGUCUGCUCAUAAACAAUUUAAUAAUGUUCACGUUUUUAUUCUUGAUUCGUUGUGACAAUAAUAAAAAGCCAUGAUUUCAGAGGCUG